AUGGAGUACAAUCUGAAGAUGGCUCAGGACUACCGCCAGCAGCUGGAACUUAAGCUGGAGAAUUGCAUAGCUGUGGUUCAUUUGAGCACCGUGACACUUGACACAGAAAGCAUGCAAGUCCUCCUUAAAGUCAUGUACGAAGACCGCUGCAAAGCCUACGAUGACCCUUUGCCUCAGUAUUUCUUGUUAGAAAACAUUCUUUGCAUCGAAGUCGAGCUCCGGUUUAAAAGCAACAUUGGUGACCUGGAGAGAAAACUGAAAGCAGUUUCGGAAGCGUUUUCAUGCAAACAACAACGUGAAUGCACAUUCGCCGACAUUGUCAAGCACUUACAAGGCUAUUCAAGGCUCGAACUCAUCAACGAGGUUUGUGGAAUGAUUAUUAUGGACCCAUAUAUCACUUACUGUGGCAUCAAGUACUUUCUCGCAAUUGUAAAUUCAUUUUCAAUGAAGCCUGAGCAAUAUACAAAUGCUCAAAUUUCACGUUGUAUUUUCUACGAAUCUCACUGCACUGUGAUGAGAAUUUUCACCAUGCUUUGUAGAUAGGUGUUUCCUCAUGACUGUAAUGUGACUUUCAACAGAUUGCACUGCCUAAUGACCUGGAAGUCACCGCACCUCAUGUGUAUACGUCCACCGAACACACUUGUGUUUACGCUGGAAGUUCUGAACAAGUCAUCUGGAUCUCAAAUGCAAACAAAGAGCGUGCCCUCAUUUUCUGCCUGCUGACAUACCACAUCAAAAACCUUGAAUACCGGCCUGCAUUCUCACCAGUGCUUGUCCUGCUGCAGAAUAUUGCCAUGUCGGACACAACAGUGCCUAGCGGACUGCUCACAAACCGCCUGAAGAAUCUUCGCAUGCUCUUGAAAAAGAAGAAUCUG